AUGAACAAUUCUAGGCAUUCUUUUACGAUUUCAGCACCGCAGCAGCACUCGCAGCAGGCGAUCACAUCACCCACCGCCGCCACACACCCGCCCAUCCAGAAAUCCUGGCACACGCGGUUCCGCGCACAGUGCAAAGACCGGCUGAGCAAAGCCCGCGAGGCGUCCUUCAUGGCCAACCGCCUUACACGGCCAAAGGAGCUGACCGACCAGGAAAUGUACGAGAUCGUGCGGCAGGAGUGGGCGCGGUUCAAGAGCGAGAUGGAGAAGCAGAGCGACAGUAGCGGCUUUGAUGAGGCCGAGAUGGCGGCGGAGAUCGAGGAGGUGGCGAGGCAGGAGAGGGAGAGGCAGCAGCAGCAGGAGGCAGAGGAGUUUGAGAUGUACGAGGAGAUGCUUGCUGAGGAGAUGAUGAUGGAUGAGGAUGAGGAUGGCCUGACUGAUGCCGAUCUGCAGUACCUUAUUGAUAUGGACAUUGGCACCGACGUAAGCAUGGAUGCGACCUAG